GCCCUGGAGGUGACAUGGAUGUUUUUUUUUUUUUUAUCUUGCACGUGCGAGUUACUAUCUCGCACGCGUGACUUAUAAUAAGUGAGGAAUUUUAAGGAGUAAAGAGGAAUUUUCCUUCCUUUACUAUCUCGCAGAUAGUACAGAAAAGCAGUAGCAGUGAAUGCAGGCCUAUUGUAUUGGAUCGAGACAGUCUCAUCAUUUUUUUUUUCAAUUUAGGUAUGCGUCAUAAAGAAAUACUUAGAAGCAUAGCCUUAUAUGGUUUCAUUUUAAGCCAGAGGCAUCUUAUCAGAAUCCUUGGAGAAUACAGACUUUGUCGUUGACAAUUUUCGGACUUGCAGGAAGUAAUUGAUUUUAUCAGUGUGCAAUUGAGAGGCCCUGGGAGACAUCAUGGUUACCGGUGGAUGUACAGAAAGUGUCUAGGACAUGGACUUAAGGUACGAAAAGAGGAUGUGAGAUUGAUCCUGUCAGAGCUCGAUCCUGUGAGUAGCAGAAUGCGCCAGAGACGACGACUAAGGAGGCAGUAUUUUUCUGAAGGACCUAAUUUUAUUUGGCACAUGGAUUCCUAUGACAAGCUGAAACCCUAUGGCAUCUGUAUUAAUGGGUGCAUUGAUGGGUUUUCAAGAAAGAUCAUGUGGUUGAAAGCAGCCCAAACAAGCAGUAAUCCCCAUGUAAUUGGAGGCUACUUUGUUGAAGCCAUGGAAGAAGUUGGAGGUGGCCCAAGGAUUGUCCGCACAGAUCAAGGAACAGAAAACGUCGUUGUUCGUGAUAUCCAGGUAUUCAUGCGUCGAGAUGGUUUGGAUAGAAGAGCAGCCGAACAAAGCCACAUCGGAGGAGCAAGCACUGCUAAUCAACGAAUUGAAAGUUGGUGGGGUGUCAUGCGAAAGGAAGGCAUUGAAUACUGGAUCCAGCUACUGGGAGAGCUCAAAGAUCAAGGUCUUUUUUGGGGAGAUUUCCUGGACAAAGCACUGUCACAGUUCUGUUUCAUGAACAUCAUUCAGGAGUUAAAUGAGAUACGAAAUGUCUGGAACACACAUCGCAUCCGACCAUCUAGGAACCCUACUGUGCCCAGUGGGAUACCUAACAUCAUGUUUUCAGCACCUCAUUUGUGGGUUGCAGAUGACCACAUAGUCCAUUUUAAUGCCAUUGACCUUGCUACAGCCAAGCAGACCUGCAAGUUCCUAACAACCAUCCCAUGUGAUGAGGACAUUUUUGAUGUCUGUACCAUCACCAUGGAAGAAUCAGGGUUAGGCUUUCCAAACAACACAUCAGAGGCACUGGAUUUCUACAUGUCAUUGAGGGAUGUUAUCCGUCCUCAAUUGUUUGAGUAGUAUUUUGUGUUGUGUCUCUCUGUCUAUGUGUAAGUGGGGAGAGGGUCCCUAUCCCACCAUGUCUGUCUGAGAGAGGAGUGGACACUGGCGUGCCCCUAUCUCCAAUCAUACCUUGCCUGGAAUCAUUUGAAUAACAUUUUUGUAAACAUUUUGUAGUUUUAGAAAUACUGUAUAUAAUAUAACAUUCAAUUCUUUACCUACACCUUGUAACUUGUAUAAAGAUUUACAUGCCUUUGCAACUUUCUUAACUGACUGAAUCUUUCCCUGCAAGUGUUGCAGAGGUACAGUUUCUCACCUGUGUGAGUUCUCAUAUGAUUCCUAAGAAUUCAGUAGUAGUAUUUUUUGUUACUGAGUGACACAUUGUCCAUUCAAAAUAGUCUAUUUGUCAUAAAUAUAUUCUUUAAUAAGUUCUGAUCAGUGAGGAAUACAGUAAGUAAACGUGUAAACCAUUGUUUUGUGAAUGUGUAGCGUGACAUUUUGUUGCUGAAUGUUGCCUAUAGCAGCUUUUAAGGAAAUAUAAGAAAAUGGGAACAAUGAAGGCUAAUGGUAAUUUCAUUUAUUGAAGUACUUUCCUUGAAAAGUAACUGCUGCUUCAGUUGCUGUGACUUCACACCUGUAACAUGCAGCUAUGCAUUACUGUAAGACCUUGAGUUGACUUGUUUCUGAGUGUCUACCUCUGGAUUUGUCACUGUAUAAUGUGUUUCAUACUUUUUAUUUCAUUAAUAAAACAUUGUAUGUAAUU